CUCGAGGCAGGUGGGCGGGGUGGGGAAGCCGGACUUGGGGCUCCUCGGCGGCGUUGUCGCCUCACAGGAGCCCUGCGAUGGAUCUGCGGAAGCGGCUGGCGUUGCUACUCUGCGCCGCGGCGCUGUGGAGCUGCGGCCUAGCCACCGCUGAUGAAGAAGGAAGUCAGGAUGAGUCAUUAGACUCAAAGACUUCCUUGCCUUCAGAAGAACAGGUGGGGGACCGCUCCACAGGAACCCGUGUUGUAGCAGGUCAGAUCUUCCAUGAGUCAGAGGAAUCAGACUCUCACACUGAAGAUGAAGAGAGCUUUAGGAGCCCAGAAGAGGAGAAAGAAAGCAUGUUGGAGGAGCUUAACUCUCUUGAAAUGUCAAACCUAUUAAAUAAGAACUUGGAAGAUGUAGAAAUGCAGAAACCAGUUUUGACAGCCAUCGGAGGCACUGCAGACAGUGAGCCCUGUCACUUCCCCUUCCUGUUCCUGGAGAAGGAGUAUGCAGAAUGUACUGCUGAUGGGAGGGAAGAUGGCAGGCUUUGGUGUGCAACAACCUAUGAUUACAAGAGAGAUCAAAAGUGGGGCUUCUGUGAAACUGAAGAGCAGUCUAAUAAGAGAAGACAGAUGCAAGAAGCAGAGGAUGUUUACCAGACUGGGAUGAAAAUCCUUAACGAGAGCAGUAAAAAGGCACAGAAGAAAGAAGCAUAUCAGUAUCUUCUGAAAGCAGCCGACAUGAACCAUACCAAGGCAAUGGAAAAAGUGUCUUAUGCUCUAUUGUUUGGGGAUUACCUGAAGCAAAACAUCCAGUCUGCUAAAGAGCUGUUUGAGAAACUGACUGAGGAGGGAUCUCCUAAAGGGCAAACGGCUCUUGGAUUUCUCUAUGCAUCUGGUCUUGGUGUUAAUUCCAGUCAAGCUAAGGCCCUUGUUUAUUACACUUUUGGAGCUCUCGGAGGAAAUCUGAUAGCGCACAUGAUUUUGGGUUACCGGUACUGGGGUGGGAUAGGAGUCCUUCAGAGUUGUGAAUCUGCUCUCACUCACUAUCGACUUGUGGCUAAUCAUGUGGCUAGCGAUAUAUCUCUGACAGGAGGCACAGUUGUGCAGAGAAUUCGCCUGGCAGAUGAAGUGGAAAAUCCAGGAAUGGCCAGUGGGAUGCUGGAGGAAGAUUUGAUUCAAUAUUACCAGUUUCUAGCAGAGAAAGGAGAUGUACAAGCACAGGUUGGCCUUGGUCAGUUACAUUUACAUGGAGGAAGAGGAGUGGAGCAAAAUCACCAGAGAGCAUUUGAAUACUUCAACCAAGCAGCUAAUGCUGGUAACUCGCAUGCCAUGGCCUUUCUAGGAAAGAUGUAUUCGGAAGGAAGUGAUAUCAUACCCCAGAGCAAUGAGACUGCUCUUCAGUAUUUCAAGAAAGCUGCUGAUAUGGGUAAUCCAGUUGGACAGAGUGGACUAGGAAUGGCUUACCUGUAUGGAAGAGGAGUUCCAGUGAAUUAUGAACUGGCAUUAAAGUAUUUCCAGAAGGCUGCAGAACAAGGAUGGGUAGAUGGGCAGCUUCAGCUGGGCUCAAUGUAUUACAAUGGCAUUGGAGUGAAGAGAGACUAUAAACAGGCUUUGAAAUAUUUUAAUUUGGCCUCUCAGGGUGGUCAUAUUCUGGCUUUCUAUAAUCUGGCACAGAUGCACGCCACUGGCACCGGCGUGAUGCGCUCCUGUCAUACUGCUGUCGAGUUAUUUAAGAACGUAUGUGAACGAGGGCGCUGGUCUGAGAGACUCAUGACUGCCUACAAUAGCUAUAAAGAUGGUGAUUCAAAUGCUGCUGUGGUUCAAUAUCUCCUGUUGGCAGAACAAGGCUACGAAGUGGCACAGAGCAAUGCUGCCUUCAUACUUGAUCAGAAAGAGGCCAGCAUAGUAGGAGAGAAUGAGACUUAUCCCCAAGCCUUGCUGCAUUGGAAUAGAGCAGCCUCCCAAGGUUACACUGUUGCUAGAAUUAAGCUUGGAGAUUACCAUUUCUAUGGCUUUGGUACCGAUGUUGAUUAUGAAACUGCAUUUAUUCACUAUCGACUGGCAUCAGAGCAACAGCAUAGUGCCCAAGCCAUGUUUAACCUAGGGUACAUGCAUGAGAAAGGACUGGGCAUCAAACAGGAUAUUCACCUUGCAAAACGCUUCUAUGACAUGGCCGCUGAAGCCAGCCCAGAUGCUCAAGUUCCUGUCUUCCUAGCACUCUGUAAACUCGGGAUUGUCUACUCCUUGCAGUAUGUACGAGAAACCAAUAUCAGAGAGAUAUUGUCACAUCUUGACAUGGACCAGCUGUUGGGCCCUGAGUGGGACCUUUACCUUAUGACUAUCAUCGCUUUGCUCCUAGGAACAGUUAUAGCUUACAGACAGAGGCAACACCAAGCUAUCCCCAGACCGGCGGGGCUGCGGCCAGCUGUGCCUCAACAAGAACCUCCACCAGAACAUCAGCCGCCGCAAUAGCAGCAACAGAAAUCUCAGUGAAAAGAACUGUAUUCUCCAGCAGAAACUAUUUUCAUUGUGAUUUAGAACAGAUCAAUGGUCCUUUCCCCCUCCCCCGCCCCCUCCCCGAAGAGGCUCAAAGAAUGAUGCCUUUAUUCAGGGAUAAGUAACUUUUUCUAGACUGAUUUGAAUGUUAUUUCAGUGCCAAUGGAAUAACACAAUGGCUUUUUUUGUGAAACACAAGUGUGCUACUACAAAAGUGAUGCCUGCUAUAUCCAAUUUCUCUUUAUUUGAAGUCCUUUUUCAUCAUCGCUUAAAGUGUGUGGAAAACAUUGGCUAAUAGGAGCUGGCCCAUGUAGAAAGAAAAAAAAUAUUGGAAGGCUGAAGACCUGAACUCUGCUCUUCUGAGCAAAAAGAGAUCCUCUAGAACUGUGAGAGAAUUUGUUUUUCUUAUCUGCAUCCCAAGUAUUCCUACAGACCUUAUUUUAAUUAUUCCUUAAUAAUAGUUUCACAGUUCACGUAAUCUCAUUAUUUUCCUUUGAUGACUUAAACUGGAUGUUCCAUUCAGAAGAAGCAAAAACAAAAGCAAAAUCUGUAACUAGUGAGAAAACUUCUUGUUCUCUGUGAUUUGCACUUUGGGGUUUUGUUUUUUCCUUGCAGCAUACAUUUUUGCUAAUGGCCAGUCUCUAUUCAAGAAGGUGAAUAGGGAUAGAUUGCAUUUGUAAAAUAAAAGAAUGAUUUAACAAAUCCUCCACAGAAUGUCCUCCACAAACAUUUGGAAAAGUGGUGAAUAUUUUCUUGUGGCCUCUGUGCAACUUGUGGGAUUUCUUAGCACAAGAGCAAAAAGGCAAUUUGUUAGUCUUCCUGCUUUAUUUUUUUAAUCUUGUCUCAAUAGUAAGCUGAGAGAGUGGCUAAUUGUAGAAUGCAGCAAGAAUUAUUGUUAAGAAAAGACUCUGAUGGGAGGACAUAGCCAGAAGCCUUCUCUGCUCAGUUAUAGGUAGACUAUUUUUCUAGUGUUUCUUUUCUUAAAAGAUGGGACUCUUGUGUUUCUCCAGCUAGUCUUACAACUUCAGCAAUCCAGUCAGUAAGUACAAUGGAAAUGACCUGUAUCACAAGGUCUUUAUGCAGCUAAAAUCUACAUAUCUUGCUACAUACAUAGUGGGUGCAGCAGAGAAUCUGCCUCUAUCUGCUGAGCACAUCUAAAUGAAGGGAAGUACAAAGGGGUGAAUUCCAGCUCCCUACUCUUGGAGCUGAAUUUUCAUCAGCAUUGCUGAACUUCAGAGUAGCCUAAGGAGUGGUUAGAAAUGUGCUGGCUGGUAACAGCCCCUCAUUGGAACACAGGAGCAUCUAGCUGUGUUCCCUCUGCCAUCUGUGUCAGAAUGACAUAACAGAUGGCUAUAGCAUCUGAGGACUCCCCUCAAUGGGGGAAUCCAGAAUGGAGGUGGUCCCAAUGGAUUACGGCUCCUUCGUGUCACUGGAGCAGUGCAAAGGUGCCACACUGGGGUAGAGAAUCUGACCCAUAAACUCAAGGUUCUUGUUUUGUAAAAUUCUUGAUAGUUGUUUUAACUGAUCAUAACCAUUUGGAAGCUAAAUGCACAAAGUAAAUAUGGGAGAAUAGCUUUCUGGGAGAAGAAGGCAGAAAUCUGUAUUAUUAUUUUUUUCCCUCAGUAGCAGAUACGGAUAUUUGUUUCCAUAUUAACACUAUACUCUGUGGAUACACUAUUUUAAAGCAAAAUGAAAUUUGAAUAUUCAAGACUCUGACGCUGCCUCUAGAUCAUACAUUGUGCAUUUAAAGAGUUAACUGCUUCCUUUUUAAAGGCUUUUGUUCAGUAGAUUGGAAUUUAAGUAAGAACCAGCCUGUAUGAAAAGGCUUCGAAACUGUGAGAUCUUUUACGUUUUGUACAUAAUGUAUUAUAAAGAGUUGAAUGGGCAAGGUUUCUUUGCAGUUAACUUGUUGCAUUUUGGGAGAAGGGCUAAAUAUUCUUUCCUGGAAGCUAAUGUUUUGUGGCUGACUGCAGUAUUAUGAAUACAGACAAAACUUUUAGAUACUCCAAGAGCGUGGAGUCAGAAUCUCACUAGGUCUUCAUGGAAGUUCCAUUCUGGGGCAAGGGGAUGUUUCAGUUCUGUUUGAGAGGGAACAGUAUUUAAUUUCUACAUGAUCUGAUUAAAAUGUACAGCAGUCCAUUAACUGCAUUAUUUAAAAAAAAAAUUCAGUGAACUUCCAAACCUUUUCCCUCUGCGGUAUUUUACCUCUUCCCUUGAUUUUGUAGAUCUCUCUAGCUCAGCAUAAGGUAGUUAAAGGCUGGAUAUGGAAAACAUUUUCCAAUUCACCACCACUGAAUGCAUUGUGUAUCUAUUUUGUUUUUUAACAAUUCUACCAUUUGCUAAUCUUAAUUUUUAUUUAAAAGGUUUUGAAUGCUAUAAUCUAAUAGAGCUAAAUUCUAAUGGCUCACUCCUAGUUAUGUGGGAAUUCAUUCCCACCAAAUGGUUUAUAACAGCAGUCUUUUGUAGCUGGCUUUGCACAGAGCUGAAACAUUUUACAUUAAAGAAAUCAACAGAAGGCAAUAUAUCAUCAAAACAUUUUUUCAUGUUAUAGAAUUGCCUUUUGAGAAGUACAACAUAAGCAAUAAGGAAGUUUUUCCCCUACUGUUGACCAUCGCUUAAUCUUGUCAAAUGGCAUCCAUUUGAAUAAAAUGAUAAUAGCAGAAACUAGUUUAUAUGAAUAACAUCAAACUAACUCAGGGAUUAAAGAAAUAUGAGUAGAUUUUCUAGGUCAGCUGCCUACAACGUGGUUUAGUUUUUCUGAUAAUCCCUUACUGUUCUGCUCCAAACUUUGCAGCAUAUUUUUGCUUCUUACAAAAAAAAGACUUAGUAAUAGUGAAUUAUUUCAGGUUGUGCAUACAGUUUAUCAACCAGUUCUUUCAAUUUCCUAAGUAAGUAGGAGUGGUUUUUUAAUUAUCUUUCUAUUUGUUUUUAAAGAGCAUCUUUUCAUUUUUAGUGGCACACCUUGUCUUUCUAGUUGUGUGCAAGAGCAGUUUGAAGGGAAAUUGGAUUUAAAAUAAAUUUUCCAUUCAGUUGAUCACUUGGUGCAGCAGCUCAAAUUCUUAAUUCAGUGAAGUUAUAUUGCUAAAGUUGAGUAUGCACCUGCUAAACUUUGAAGGCUAAUAUGCGAGUGACGAAUACUUCACUAUUGGGAAGUUAGGUAACUUCAGUCAAAAAUAAGUGAUAAUUUGAGAUUGUAUUGGUUAAAAAUCUACUGACACUGAAUUCUGUUCAGUUUAUUUUCCCCUAUAUUUCUUUUCUCUCAUUAUUUAUUCUGGAACCUUGAAUGAGAACAGGAUUUCUGAAUGUGAACUGCAGUGUGUGUUGAGUGAAAUAAUUUUAUAGACCUCCUCCCCUCACCCCACUCCGGCAGCGUUUUAAGUGGAAACUUUACCUAUCCGAUCUUCCCAGUGCUUACUGUACUGAACAGUAGAGCAUCCAAAUGCCAUCAGUGGGAGUUCUACAUGUGGAAAGAAAUUAGGAAGAUGAAGAUCUGAGGAGAGAAUUUUAUUCCAGUGACCUCAAAUCACUAACCUUAUGUACCUGUCAACUUAAAAAUGUUGCUUGUAAUUUGAAAACAAAACUCUUAAAUACUUGAUUUAACUUCCAAGUUGAGAAUUUAGGAUUCUGUCAUCUGCAUUUUCCUUGGUGAUAUUUGUCCAAGGAUCUGCUUAAAUGAGUUGUUGUUAUUCAUUUGUUUGGAAAUAUUUCACCCUAUGACUAAUAAUUUCAAAUGGGGAAUAAGUAGCAGAAGAAAGGAGCUUGCGUUAAUACAAAUGUCCUUAGAUCGUUUUUUCAAAACAUAAAGGUGAAACCUUUUUAAAGUUUUCCAAGAGACUUUGGCUGUUGUGAUAAACUUGCUGAAGUAAAACUCAUCAACCUGUCUUUCCAUGUGACUUUUCAAGAAGGUUAAAUGUAUUGUCAAAGCAUUUAUAGUGUUCAAAAAUAUUAUGUACCAAUCCUGUUGCCAUCAAUAUACAAAUUAAGUUUGGCACAUUGUUAUUACGGGGGAAAGCUCAACUUCACCAAUCUUUUCCUUUAUAAAUAGGCAACCAUAAGCUGAUAUUUAUGUUUGGGUUCCAGAGAAUAUUCACAAGUAUACAACAAUGAAAAGGCUUAAUAUGACUUGAGAACUACUACAAGUGCAUAAGGGCAGGCAAGGGCUACUGGCAAAAGUCCUUUUUGUCUUUAUCAGCUGCAGCUGUUAAGAGGGUAUUGUAGGGAUUUUUAAAUUUUAUUUUGUAUUUAUGGAAAUGCAGCAUAAAGGCUGAUAAAGUGUAAUAUAAUUGUGUAAACAAAUUAUGUUAAUAGAAAGAUGUACAGAUUCAUUUUGUACUGUAUCUUUAAUCCUGUGAAAUAAAGUUACCACCUCUA